CCGCGGGGGGUGGGGUGAGGGGAAACAGGCGGGAGGGGGGCGGAACCCAAGGGGGAGGGGAAGUUGCGCCUGCCCGGACCCCCCGCCGAGGAGAGGAGGCUACGUCGGCCCCGCCCGCGGGGCCGGGCACCGGUGGGACGGGCAGGAAGGAGCCCAGGGCGCCCGCGCUGCUGGAAAGAGGGACUAGGACGAGGAGGAGGAGGAGAAGAAGAAGGAGGAGGAGGAGGAGGAGGUGGAGCAGGAGCAGUGGCGGCGAUUAGGCCUGAGUUAUCUACCAGCUUGGUGUGUGGUGUUCCAAACUGGACAUAGUACCCUAGUUACAACCUCACCAAUUAAAAAACAAAGAAAAUGACCGAAACAUUGGAGCAUCAUUUCUACUGGAAGGCCAAUUAACAUCCAUUCUGCAAAUAUUAAAUGAUCAAGAGUCUGGGCAUGGCGCAGAACAGCCCACAGCUUGAUGUCCAGAUGCUCCAUGAUCUCCGGCAACGCUUUCCUGAGAUUCCAGAGGGUGUGGUAUCACAAUGCAUGCUACAGAAUAACAACAACCUGGAAGCUUGCUGUCGAGCCCUUUCACAGGAAAGCAGCAAAUACUUAUAUAUGGAGUAUCAGAGCCCAGAUGACAAUAGGAUGAAUAGAAAUCGCUUUUUGCACAUUAACCUGGGUGUUCAUCCACCUAGUAACUACCAUACAGGAGAUGGAGCUCAACUUAAUGGUGGUCGAACACUGGUACAUAGUUCAAGUGAUGGUCAUAUUGAUCCACAGCACACACCAGGUAAACAGCUGAUAUGCUUAGUUCAGGAACCACACUCGGCCCCAGCUGUUGUGGCUACUUCUUCUAACUACAACCCAUUUUUUAUGAAUGAACAGAAUAGAAAUGCAGCUACUCCUCCUCCACAACCACCUCAACAACCAUCUUCCAUGCCAACAGGAAUGACUACAUCUGCUAUGCAAGGGCCUUCACCACCACAGCCACCUCCCUCAUACAUGCACAUACCUCGUUAUAGUACAAAUCCAAUUACUGUUACAGUAUCACAGAACCUCCCCUCUGGACAGACUGUUCCCAGAGCUUUACAAAUUCUUCCACAAAUUCCAAGCAAUCUUUAUGGUUCUCCUGGUUCUAUAUAUAUUAGGCAAACAUCUCAAAGUACUUCAGGAAGACAGACUCCUCAGAGUACACCCUGGCAGUCCUCACCACAAGGCCCUAUACCACAUUAUAAUCCACGUCCUUUACCUGUUUAUCCACAUCAGCAAACCUAUCAGCCUUCUCAGUAUUCUCCCAAACAACCACAGAUCCCUCAAUCAGCUUAUCGAUCACCACCUACUUCUCAGUGUCCUUCACCUUUUGGUUCUCCUCAGCAUCAAGUACAACCUCCUCAGUUGGGUCACCAGAGUUCACAUGUCUUUAUGCCACCUAGUCCUUCAACUACUCCACCCCAUCUGUAUCAAGCACCUCCAAGCUAUCAGAAACAAGGAGGUCAUUCAGUAUCCUAUCUCCCUUACAGUGCAUCUAGCUUAUCCAAAGGUUCCAUGAAGAAGAUUGAAAUUACAGUUGAACCCCCACAGAGACCUGGGACAGCAAUUAAUAGAAGUCCAUCACCAAUAAGUAAUCAGCCAUCUCAACGGAAUCAACAUCCAUUGUAUACAGCCACCACUCCACCAUCAGGUUCUCCUUCAAGAGGAAUGUCAAAUCAACCCAAACCUCCUCCAUUUAGUGUUAAUCCAGUAUAUAUUACUUAUACACAACCAACUGGACCUUCAUGUGCUCCUACACCAUCUCCUCGGGUAAUGCCAAACCCAACAACAGUUUUCAAAAUUACUGUAGGCCGAGCAACAACUGAAAAUCUAUUAAAUUUAGUGGACCAAGAAGAGCGUUCUGGAGCACCAGAACCUAUUCAGCCCAUUUCAUUGAUACCAGCACAGGGAGGAGAAAAAGGAAGCCAUAAAUUUCAGAGGAGUUGUAGUUCUGGAUCUGAUGAUUAUGCCUAUACUCAAGCCUUGCUAUUACAUCAACGAGCAAGGAUGGAGAGGUUAGCAAAACAAUUGAAACUUGAGAAAGAAGAACUAGAGCGAUUGAAGAAUGAAGUUAAUGGUAUGGAGCAUGACCUUAUGCAGAGACGACUUAGAAGAGUCAGUUGUACCACAGCAAUCCCAACUCCUGAGGAAAUGACACGAUUGAGAAGCAUGAACAGACAACUCCAGAUAAAUGUUGACUGUACACUGAAAGAAGUUGACCUCCUUCAAUCUAGAGGCAAAUUUGAUCCAAAAGCUAUGAAUAAUUUUUAUGACAAUAUAGAACCUGGUCCUGUUGUGCCACCGAAGCCAUCAAAAAAAGGUUCUGAUUUGUUUUGUGCAGAGAAUUCAGAUCCCUGUACAACAGAGAGAAAAGCCAGAAGAAUCAGUGUGACUUCCAGAGUACAGAUAGAUCCCCUUGAUUCUCAGACCACUACCGCUGAUGAGCAUCCAAACAGCUCCAAGCAGAUUCCAAGGAACCAGCCACAAGAUGAAGACUUUGAGGGGGCUCCAUGGAAUUGUGAAAGUUGCACCUUUCUCAAUCAUCCAGCAUUAAAUCGCUGUGAGCAAUGUGAGAUGCCGCGAUACACUUGAAUCAAGAAGAGCUGUUUAGACUGAGAGAGAAAUUCUGAGCUCCCACAGAGUUGAAAAGGAAACCUGGUGACUCCUUCAGUCCAUCUGACCACUGUUUUCCUUUCCAAUUUUCUAGGGGGAAGGAGAUUUGAAAUAGUAUCCACUUGUCUACCACACUAAAGAAAAAAAAUGAGGGGGGAUGUUUUUCUUUCUUUACCACAUUGUGUGCUAAGUUAAAGGGAUACUUGAAACCAGGCAAAGAUUCGCUCCUCAAAGAAUGUAUACAGGAAAGCCAAGAGCUACUCCUGUUUAAUCCCUAUGGCUAUAUUUACUGCUCAGUGGCCCUAAUUUCUUAAACUUAGAACUUUGAGUCACAGUGCAAAGUGUUACAGUUAUCCAGACAAACUGUGAUGGGCUAAUGCAGAAUCACCUGAUCACAGUGUGCUGGAAAACAACACUUCCUUGCUCUGCUGGAUUGUUUCUUGCUGAAAAAGAAGUCAGGAGAAGGUAACCAGAUUAUUUUAUGUGCAGAGUAAUCAGAGGGUGUUUGUAAUUGCUGCUUUCUUCAGGGUUAAUUUCAGUACACACAGACACACACACACACACACACACACACACACACACAGAGGCAUGAGCCUUAUUUUACUGAAGGUACAAUCAGAGGUGGUAAAAUCCCUUUUGCUUGUACAGCAUUUAUUAAGCUGUAUCAACACUGGUAACUAACAGAGACCUAAUUAUGCCACAUAAUGGAUAAAAAAAGUUACUGCAUGCUUUUAUUAGACUGUUGUGUUUUUACAGCUAACAAGUCCCCAUAAAGUCUGCUUUUAUAUGUGACACUCAUCAGACUGUGCUUCGCUAAUAGUACAGUGAAUGGAUGCCAAAUGCAAACCGGUUCCAGAUUCCAUUUGGAAGAUGUGAGCUCAGCUGAGGUUAUGUAUGAAAAGUGAUGGCACCCUGUUACUUUGGCCUUUUCUCAGCUUCCAAUUUUGUGAAGAAUUCAUGAUGUUUACAGCACAGACAGUACUUUGUGCCACAAUCCUGAUUUAGCUGAAAUAUAAUCAAUAUUAACUAUAAAGGUUUAUUUGCACAUUGUUAAUAAACCAGCGUGUUGGAACUUGCACAUGGCUAAUCUUGUAAAGUUGUCUAUUACAUUUUGAAGAGAUAAAGGGACAUAAGUCUGGUCAGGAAGUGUUAAUAGAAUGAUGAAUACACAGGACUUUCAAGCUCAUAUAGCUAUGGAGUUGACAUCCUUUUUUCAAAGGUAGUGGUUUUAUGUAAUCCAAAUAGCUGUUUUAGAGCACUCCAUGUUUAUGAAACCACAACUUUGGAAUGAAAGUUAAUGAAUGUAAGGUAAAGAUCAUGUGAUGGACUAGGAUAUCACCACUAAUGGAAAAUAGGUAUAAGGGAUUUUAUUAUUCCACUAUGUAAGUAUAAUUUAAAGAACAAAUAUUUUCUCUUCCACUGAUGCCAUUUUCCUACUUUGCUCAGAAUAAGAUUCUGGAAACUUUUCUCAUAUUGAUGAAUUGAGACAGAAGAAAUUUGCAGGUUGGCUGUAACUAAAGGGAAACCAUUUGUACUACUCUGUUUUGAAAAUUGUCUCUGGCAGAUCUUGAAAAGCAAAAUGCACUAAUAUGUAUAACAAAACCAAAGGCAUCAGAGCUCUCAAUAGUUUUCUAUCAAUGACCCAAUCAAAGUUCAUCAAAGUUAUAAUGAUUUCGCACUUCAACACAACCUCAAAGGCAUCUUUUUUCUCAUGUGGGAAAAUCCCUAAAAUGCAUCUGCUUUUCUCACCAAAUAAGCAUUUUAUUGUAUAAUUGUGGAAUCACACUGAUAAAAAACAUCUCUACUAUAUCUGUGGCAAAACUGUGAAAAUAGUGGGGAGAAACCAGAUGAGCUUAAAAAACAUACAACAUUGACAACACUUUUGAAAAAGGUUCUGUAACACUGGUAUCUGUUAAUCUUGUGUUUUCAGCAGUCAUGUACCAGUCCUAUUGUUUCUAUACACCAAUGCCUUUCUAUGGUUUCAUAUCUCUUGUUUAUUAAUGGUCAGCCCUUUUAAAAAAUAAUACUUAAGGAGGAAAAUACUGCUUGGUGUCACUCCAGCUAAAAACUCACCAAUGUAUGCUGACAUUCUAGAGUGGCAGCAGCUACAUUGACUUUUAUCAAUUAUUCAUCUGAGAAUGGAAGUAGCAUGUUUGAAAAUAUUUUGAUAUUUUAUUAAGACCUUGUAGAACUGGCUUUUAAAAAAUUUUGCAUGAAAUGCAUCAAUAAAUAAGCUGUUACUGUUACAGUAGAUGCAUGGUUUCUGGUACUUGGUGAUAUUUCUAGUCAGUUGUAGGCUUCACCUGCCAGGGGAAAAGAGUAAAAAGUUAUCCUUUGAUAGCUACUUAGAGUGGAUGUAAAAGAAAUAGAGGUUAAUUUUAAGGAGAUUUUGUGUAUUUUCUGGCUGUGCAAGAGCACAAGAAAACAUCAGUUUAGGUUGUCAUAAAAAAAUGUGAAACUAUUUGCCUAGACUAGAUAUGCUUAAGUAUUUAGUGUAGAAAGAGUGUGGCACAUACUAUGUCCAAUUUAAGCAUUAAGUCACCAAAAUUUUAAAAAAGGGCACUGCCUUUGAAAAAUAGAUUAUCUAUUAAUAUUAGCACAGACAGACAAUGGCAUAUAAUUGAAAACUGUUUUAAUUCCAUUCCAGCCUGGGAGAUUAUAUGCUGGUGCUGUUUUGGUCAGUCAGUGCUCUACUGGUUUCUAAUAACAGCAUUUCUGUUAACAUGCUACUAGGUUGAUACAGAUGGUAAUGUGCACAGUAGAACAUAAACUUUUAUGACAUUAUUUCACUAUACUGAUAUGCUUUUUAAAAAGAUAAAUUAUAUUUAAGUAUCUUAAAUUAUGGAAUAGUUCUCUAAAAUUUUAAUUGAGAAUAGAGGAGCCAAAGUUCUUCCAAGCACCCUAAAAUGCAUUGAAUUAAUGUUUUGAACCCCGUUUGAUGGAAGAGUUAGAGAGCUGGGGAGAGGGAGGGGGAGGGUUCUGGUCGGGAAAGGAAGCUGAAGAAAAUGAAUUUGUAAAACAGUAGUCUUAGAGCAGCAGAUAAAUGAUGGGUAGGGAGAAGAGUGGUGCUAUUAUGUUUGUGUAUUUUCCCACAAUGGUAAGUGUGAUGAGCAGUGUAAUAUUUUUAAAGAGCUGGUCUCAAUCUUAGUACUUUUUGAUUACAAUAAAAAAGGAAAUCAAUGUCUCAGUAAACUUUGUUAUUGCUUUAUAUGUCACAGUUAUCUGGGUUUCAUAUCUAGGCUUUCCGUGACAAGUUAUGUAUAGACUUUGAAAAGCAGAUUAUAAAUUCCUUUUGACAUGAAUAUGAAUGAGGAAAGCAAAAUGGUAAAAAUUAUGUUAAAUUGUAUAGAAACAUUGACCUUUAAAAAAGUCAAGUGGUACACCCUGGAAUGUGAAAAUGUGUUUUUCUAGUUAAAGGUUCAGUUAUUUUACAAUUUUUACCAGUGUUAAUGAAAUUACUUCAUGCCACAGUGAUUGUAUAUGUGUUGUCUAUAUACACACAUACAUUCUUAAAUAUGUAUCUGCAGAAUACUAGAAGUAAAAAGUGUACUUUGAAAAACUGGGUUAAUUGGGCACUGACUGUUGCAUCACUACUGUAUCUUAAGGAAAGACUAAACAGUGUUGUUCUAUUUUUAAUUUUGAUGGCAUUUUCCACAUUCACCAGAGGUACAUUUUCAGUAUUAUUUACAUCCUCAAAUAUUUAAUACACAUAGACUUUGCAUGACUUGAGCCUUUAAAGGUCAAUGCAAUUCAUGAUAUUAGUGAAUUUUAAUUUUUCAAAGCUAUGGAAAGGUUUUUUUUUUUAAGCUGAGCAUUUCUAAAUAUUUAUGAUAUCAAUAAUGUUCCUAAUCCAUAUUUCCCUAUUGUAACAGGAUUGAUCACAAUUUUUUCAUUAAAAGAGCAAGAGCUUAUUAAAUCUUGUAAAUAUGGUGUCUCUAUUUUAGAUUUCUGUGUUCGCUGUGAAUGAAAUUAUUUUGAGAUGAAAUUGUACAAAGGCAUUAAAAGGCUAUGCAUGCAUUGUACCUCCAACCAGUACAUAUUCAGAGAGUUGCAGAUUCCUGCAAAAUAAAUUAAUAAACUAAGAAAACACUA